AACACAAUUUGUUACAAAUUUCCCAACACUAAUUAAUACCACAAAAUAUAAUUAGAUUUUGCCAAGAGAUACAUAUGGCUCCAAUUAGCAAAAACGUGCAUGUUUUAUUGGCUCUAGUGCUCAUUAUUCUUACAAUUUGCACUUCCCAUGUAAUGUCCUCUCGAAAGUUCAAUAAUGAAGCAUCAUGGUCAAUGUACCAAAGACAUGAGCAAUGGAUGUUAGAAUAUGGCAUAGUGUACAAGAAUGGUGAGGAGAAGGAGAAACGUUUCUUGAUAUUCAAGGACAACGUUGAAUUGAUAGAGUCAUUUAACGCUGCUGGGAACAAGCCUUACAAGCUUGGUGUUAAUCACUUAGCUGAUCUUACCAAUGAGGAAUUCAAGGCUUCACGUAAUGGAUACAUGAGAUCAAAUAAUUCACCUCCAACAUCAUUCAAGUAUGAAAAUGUCACUGAUGUUCCAAAUGCAAUUGACUGGAGGCAGAAUGGAGCUGUUACUCCAGUCAAGAACCAAGGCAGUUGCGGAUGUUGUUGGGCAUUUUCAACCGUUGCUGCAACCGAAGGCAUCCACCAGAUUACUACAGGCAACCUUGUGUCCCUCUCAGAGCAAGAGCUUGUGGACUGUGAUAACGUGGAUCAAGGUUGCGAGGGAGGUCUCAUGGAAAAUGGCUUUGAAUUCAUCAUAAAAAAUGGUGGAAUCACCACUGAGUCAAACUACCCUUACAAAGGAGUUGAUGAAACUUGUGACACAAGUGAAGAGGCUUCUCCAGCAGCUCAGAUAAAAGGGUACCAGCGGGUGCCUGCAAACAGCGAGCACGCACUUCAACAAGCCGUGGCGAACCAACCGGUUUCUGUUUCCAUUGAUGCUAGUGGAUCUGCUUUCCAAUUCUACUCGAGUGGCGUCUUCACCGGUGAAUGUGGGACUCAACUUGACCAUGGUGUUACUGCAGUUGGUUACGGUGCAGAUGAUGAUGGUACUGAGUAUUGGAUAGUAAAAAAUUCAUGGGGCACACAAUGGGGCGAGGAUGGUUACAUAAGAAUGAAGAAGGGAAUAGAUGCUACUGAAGGGUUGUGUGGCAUUGCUAUGGAUGCCUCUUAUCCCACUGCUUAA